AUGAAACAACUUUAUUCCAUUGUUUUUUAUAUAUUCACAUUUUCCAUCGAACAAUGUUUGACAUUCGGUGAAAAUUGUCCGAAAUCACAAUGGUCAUCAGAUGCAACAACGUUAAUCGACUCAACUAGCCUUUAUUCCCCUCGAGAUUUAUAUAUUGACCAAAAUCAUGUUUUAUACGUGUUAGAUAGUGGCAACUACCGUGUGCAACGUCUUGUUCCCAACUCAACACUUGAACCAACAUAUUUAAACGCAACAACUGGAUCAGUUUUCAAUGAAUUAUCUUAUCUCGUUGCUAUACAAGGUGAUGCAAAUGGAAAUCUUUAUAUUCUUGAUCGAGGUAAUCUUCGUGUAGUCAAAUGGUCAACAGCAAAUAUGAAUGGAAUAAUUGUAUUAAAUGCCAACGGCACGGGGUAUGGUGCAAAUCAGCUAUCGACACCUGCUGGCAUGUUUAUUGAUAUGAAUACAUCAUUUAUUUGGUUAGCUGAUACACAAAAUAGCCGAAUUGUUCGUUGGGAAUCGCCGACAAUAGGUAUCAUUGUUUGCGGAAGUAAUGGAUCGAACUCUGAUCAAUUCUUCAGACCAUUCGGAUUAUUUAUUGAUCAGAGUGAUUCGAAUACAUUGUAUGUAGCUGAUACAUACAAUCAUCGUGUUCAAAGAUGGCUGUCAGGAGCGAAAAAUGGCACAACUGUAGCUGGACAAACAGGUUUACCUGGCUACAGUCUAGAUUUACUUUAUUAUCCAACAUCAGUCACUGGAGAUGCAAAUAAAAACUUAUAUAUAUUAAGUUACAGUGCGGGUUCGAUCAUCAAAUGGCAAGUUGGAUCAUCGUUCGGCACUCUUAUUGUCGGAACUUUAUCGAGUGGAUCAUUAUCCAAUCAAUUGCUUUCUCCAUAUAAUUUCAAAUUUGAUUCCGACGGUUCGAUUCUUGUUGCUGAUUAUGGCAAUUCUCGUGUUCAAAAAUUCUCAUUUGUCUGCUCGAAUGCAACAAGUACAGCAAGGAUGACUACUAACCCAACAUCGUCAUCAUCGACAACAAUUCGCACGACAAAGAUAACUACCAAUGCAACAUUAUCAGCAUCGAUGGCAGUUUCAACUGUGACAACAACAAAACGUAUAUCAUCUGUUUCCGCCGAUUGCAAUCUUCAAUGGAUAUCAAUGAUCUUUUCAUCGAUUCUUAUUCUCAUAAACAGUUAA